AUGCCGUAUCUUCGGAAUGUAUCGACGAAUAUACGAGAGAGUGUUUCAGUGAAGCUCUUCCUCCCCCCCAAAAAUAUACACGUGCUGCGUCGCUUCGUAGUCUAUACACGCGCAUGGAUUAGAAUAAAAACGUUCGGCGUGACGAUGUCGUGUUACGCUGUUACGUAAACGAGAGACUCACGUAUCUGGCGUGAUAACCUAUAUUGCCCAACGUGACUCGGGUUGGGUUAGCUUCGACGUCUGCCCAGCACGUGGAAAUUCGUGGAGGAGCAAAAACGAAGGGCUCAUGCGAGACAAUACGGGGACUGUUUGGGACAUGAAAUUUCGAGCAUAGAGCUACGAUUCAAGUCUGGUAUUUUAUAGAGCUAGCUGUCUGAAUCUGAAACAAACGUUCGUUUCGCAAUGUAAAAGAGCUACGACAUCGGACGCACGUGAAGAUAUGGAUCUCCCCGUCGAGACACGAAAACCGUCAAAGAUCGGCCUGUUUUUUAUCGCUGCUACAGGAGGAAUUGCGACAGCAAUCAGCGUCGUCUGUUUUCCGUUCGUCAGCCCGGCGUUUCGCAAGAUAUGCUUGCCGUAUGUGCCGGCCACACGUCAGCAAAUUAGAAAUGUUAUUCGAGCGUUGAAUGGCCGCUCCGGUGGCACCCUGAUCGACCUCGGCAGCGGCGACGGGCGUAUUGUUCUCGCGGCGGCGAGGCACGGCUUCAAAGCCUAUGGUAUUGAAUUGAACACCUGGCUGGUGUGGUACUCGAGGCUCCAGGCGUUGAUUAUUGGUCUGUCGGGUGACGCCGCGUUUCUCAAACAGGAUCUUUGGAAGCAUCACCUGGGAAAAUAUGACAACGUUGUUAUAUUUGGUGUAGACCAAAUGAUGGAUGAUAUCGAAAAAAAAUUCAGUAACGAGUUACACAAGGAUUCCCUUGUAAUUGCAUGUAGAUUUCCUCUUCCUAACACACAUCCUAUUACGACAAUCGGACAUGGAGUUGAUACCGUUUGGGUUUAUAAGAUAAAAGCUAAAAGCUGAAUUUGAAGUAAGAAAAAGGUAGAUUGAAUAAAUUAUAAAUUAUAGGGGGAAAUACAAAAAAAUACAUGUUUGUAAAAAUAAUUGUAAUACUAUGUGUGUUUAUUGAAGUACAAAAAGUAUUAACGGUCUUUAUAUUCACAGCAAAAAAAUAAAUCUAUCUUUCCUAUGUUA